UACGCGCGGUGGGGCCGGGUGCAGAUGGCGGACGCCGAGGCUGACGCGGCCCUGGCGCCGGAGAUGCAGCGGGUGUCCGCCGGUCUCCGCGCCCGACUCUGGCAGCUGCAGGCCGAGCUCAGCGACCAGGAGGUGGCGGCGGCGUCGUCGGGCGCCUUUUGCCGGGGCUUCUGCCAGACAUUGCUGCAAUAUGCCGGCAACCGGGGGUCUUCGGAGCACGCCUUGCCUCUUUUGGAAGUGUAUUGUGUUGCCAUUCAGAGUUUUGCCAGCGCCCGACCGUACUUGUCUACGGAUUGUGAAGAAGUCCUUCUAGUCCUUGGCAGGCUCGUGCUGAGCUGUUUUGAACUCCUGCUUUCCGUGCCAGAAAGUGAAGAGCAGUGUGAAAUGUUGUCAAGGCUGUUUCAGUCUAUACAGGAUUCCCAUAAUGCUUUGCUUCAGUUUGGAGACAACAGCCUCGAAGUACUGGCUGACGUUGCCAAAGAGGGCGUGUGGAAGAACCCAGUUCUGCUGAAGAUUAUCUCGCAGCAGCCAGUAGAAGCAGAAGAAGUGAAUAAACUGGUCAAGCGAGAAGGACCGGCCUUCCUGCAGCUGCGGAUAAAACACUUGAUGAAGACUAACGGCAUUCCCCAGGCCACUACCUUGUCCAAGCUGUGCAAAGAGUCCACUGAAAUUUCAAACACGGCGCCUUUUCUCCAGGCCUACAUCACGUGCUUGUGCUCCAUGCCUCCGAACGAAGAAUCCAUCAAGGAGAUUGCAAAGGUGGACUGUAAAGACGCCCUGGAUAUGAUAUGCAACCUGGAAGCGGAGGGGCAGGAUAGGACUGCAUUCAUUCUUUGUACAACAUACCUUACACAGCAGCUUCAGACCGCAAGUGUAUACUGCUCAUGGGAGCUGACUUUAUUUUGGAGCAAAUUACAAAGGAGGAUUGACCCAUCUUUAGACUCCUUUCUGGAGCGUUGUCGGCAGUUUGGCAUCAUCGCUAGGACGCUGCAACAUUUGUUCUUUCUGAUAAGAGUCAUACAAGCUGAAGCAGAAGACUCCGGCCUUGCUGUGUCGAUCUUGCUGUGUGUGAGAGCCCUUCAGCUGCGGUCAAAUGAAAAUGAUGACAUGAAGACUUCCAUGUGUAAAACGAUUGCUUGCCUUCUGCCAGAAGACCUUGAAGUUAGAAGAGCCUGCCAGCUCACCGAAUUCUUACUCGCGCCGAGUGAGGACACAUAUAAUCUGCUAGAAGAGCUUCACCUGCAGCCCGAUCAAAAAUUUGAUGAAGAGAAUGCUCCAGUUCCAAACUCGCUCCGCUGUGAGCUCCUUUUGGCUUUGAAGGCUUACUGGCCAUUCGACCCAGAGUUCUGGGACUGGAAGACUUUGAGGAGGCACUGUCUCAAAUUGCUGGGGAAAGAAGUGUCUGACUCCGAGGACGAUCUCAGUGGCAAUGAGAUCGGGUCCUUGAACGAAAAUGAACUGCUAGACAGUCCCCUCAGCGACUGCGAAGAGAGCAGGGAAGAUAAUCCCUUUGGAGGAGACAGUUUACUGAAUCGGCCGAAAGAGAGAAUAAGAGAGAAGAAACCCAUUGGCUCUUCAGAGAGGUACCAGAGAUGGCUUCAGUACAAGUUCUUCUGUGUCAUUUGCAAAAGAGAGUGCAUAGAGGCGAGAAUUCUGCACCAUUCUAAGAUGCACAUGGAAGACGGGGUCUACACGUGCCCCGUGUGCCUCAAGAAGUUCAGAAGGAAGGACGUUUUUGUGAAGCACAUUGGGGAGCACGUGAAGAUGCCGCCCAGUAGAAAAUACCGUGCUAAGAAGAAGAUCCUGCUGAAGAAAGAGAGGCUGGCCAAGAGCAGCCUGUCUAGGAUCACUUCUGUCGCCCUGGGUGGAAGCCGGACGCUGAAGAUCACUCCCUGCAACAGAGCCCGAAGCGACGCUCACGACUACGUCACGUUCAGCAAAUUGGAAAGGUGCCACUUGCAAGACCGAGACCUGUACCCAUGCCCGGGCACGGAUUGCUCCCGAGUGUUUAAGCAGUUCAAGUACCUGAGCGUUCACCUGAAAGCCGAGCACCAGAACAACGACGAGAAUGCGAUGCACUACUUGAACAUGAAGAACAAGCGAGAGAAGUGCUCCUACUGCAGGCGGCAUUUCAUGUCGGCAUUCCACCUGCAGGAGCAUGAGCAAGUGCACAGCGGGCCCAGGCCCUACAUGUGUGUGUCGGUGGGAUGCUAUGCAACGUUUGGCUCGGUCAACGAACUGUUGCAUCACAAACAGCAGCACGAUGACCUGCGUUACAAGUGUGAGCUGAACGGCUGCAACAUUGUCUUCAGCGACUUGGGGCAGCUUUACCACCACGAGGCCCAGCAUUUUAGGGAUGCGUCUUACACGUGUAACUUCCACGGCUGCAAAAAGUUCUAUUAUUCGAAAACCGAGUUUACAAAUCACCUUUCCAUGCAUAUUUCAAAUGGUGAAAUGAAGGAGGUGCCAGUUAAGUGCGAGGAGCGUGUUUCGGGCGACUGCCCUGCGUGUCUUUCAGAUUCGGAGGCGCUUGACCAAACGGAUCAUUCUUGCGUGCGCGAAAAUACCAGGUUGCCAUUGGAGUCUGCGGAUUCAGAGGGAGUUUUGCAAGUUAAACGAGAACCUGUAACUGACGAAGAGGUGGAUGGGAAAAGCAACGGCAGUCUUGGGAGCAAUGCUGCAUCUCCUGUGAAUGAGAAGUCUGGGUCUUUAUUGACCGAAGCAUCAGGUCCGGGCCCAACAACCCCUAGCCUUCUGUUACCCAAUGAGAAAGUCUUCCUUCCCUCAAACUUGAAAGAGCGUUAUUCAAACGUGGCAGUCUACUUUGAUGGCAAAAGGUUUACCUGUGGCUUCGAAGGCUGCGAUUCGACAUAUAAAAAUUCCAAGGGUAUGCAGAAGCAUCUUCGAAGGGCUCAUCCAUACCAUUUCAAACCUAGAAGGAAGCUGGGCCUGAACGCUAAAGAUCUUAGCCAGCUCACUGAAAGCCAACAUAACAGCACCCCCGCAAAUAUAAUUUCAGAGCUCAGGCAUCUUUUAGACACCCAAGUUGACUCUCCGGGCAGUAUAGAUUGCAAUACAAGUUCUAAUGUCAAUACCUGUUUCAAGCAUGAACUGUGUCCUCCUUCUCCCGAAUUUCCCCCUUGUGAACAUUCUAAAGCGUCCAGUGCAGAAGACUCAAUGUUGGAGCUCCUUUUGGGCUUGAAAAAUUUAAGUUUGAAAAAUUCUAGCAGUCGCAAUGGGAACUCUUCCAGGUUGUUACAGUCCUAUUCCUCCAAGUGCUCCAACUCUGAAGAAGACGAAUCUACCUCAGACCAUUUCCCCGAAGAACACCGAGGCAAAUUACCAAACCAAUACCUUACGCAACUGGCAGCGAAGCCAUUUUUCUGCGAACGCCAAGGUUGUACGUGUGAGUUUGUGACCAGGGAAGCUCUCUUAACACACUAUGUUAGAAAACACAAUUAUUCCAAGGAGAUGGUGCUUCAGUUGAACAUGUUUCGACAUCGGUAUUCACCAUUUAAAUGUCAUAUUUGCCAAAGAUCGUUCACAAGGAAAACACACCUCAGAGUCCAUUAUAGAAACAAACACAAGCUUGGCAGAGGGCCGGCGGUUCAGAAAUUGUUUAGCGAAAGUUUUGAGGACUUAGAGGGGUUCCCAGAGGAUGUGCUAAACAGCACGGCGGGCUCCAUGUCAUCAUUUUAUACCAACACUGAGGAGGAACUGGAUGACCAAGCAAAGCUCCCCGGGUCACGGCAGUGUCAUCCCAAAAAGGAGGAGCUGAGUUCUGAAACAGACCUGGAGUCAAGUGAAGAGCUAGAAAGCUGUGUGCCCGUGAAGCAGGCAAAAUUGUCCGCGCUCGAAAGUCACAGGAAAGGACUAGAAACAAAAGAAGGGAGGGGCAGCAAAAGAACAGUCGCCAAAGGAAAUCUGUGCUACAUUUUACAUAAGUACCAUAAGCCGUUCCAUUGUAUCCAUAAGAAUUGCAAUUCUGCAUUUACUAACCAGAAGGGCUUGAUCCGCCACUAUAGAACCGUCCACCAGUACAACAAAGAGCAGCUCUGCCUAGAAAAGGACAAAGCGCGAACAAAGCGAGAACUUGCCAAAUGUAAAAAAAUAUUUGUUUGCAAAUAUAAGGAGUGCAGCAAGCGCUUCCUGUGCUCCAAAUCGCUCGCUAAGCACUGCAGUGACUUUCACAACCUCGACUCUGGGGAAGAUUCCAAAAUGCUUUCCGAGACCGAAGCAGUGCGGUUCCCUUGUCACCAUCCUCGGUGCCCAGCUGCAUUUUAUUCCUUCCACCAAUUGAGGCAUCACCUGAUGGAACAGCACACCAAGGAAGAAGAACUCAACAAGGACAUUGAAAUCCAUUGCGAUCUCAAUGGCUGCAACAGAGUUUUCACGACGUACAGCCGUUACUCGGAGCACGUGUAUUUCCGGCACAGCAACCACGAAGGUGUCUCCGGCAGUACCAGAGAGAAAAGGAACCACCUGAAAGAUGGAGCGGAGUCAGGCUGUCUGAGAGACCAGUGUCUCAGGCACAGGGAAAUUGUAAGAAAGAGACGGAUCCGCAACAAAGCAGAAAAAAAUAAUAAUAAAAAUAAAGGAAAGCAGUUAUAUAACUUCAGAACCAGGGAAGAAGCCCUUCGGAUGUGCAGAGACAAUUGCAAUCAAACCCAGUAUCCAUGCAUGUUUCGGGGGUGUCCCUCAGUGGUGAAACUGGAAAGCAGUAUUGUGAGGCAUUAUAAGCGUACCCAUCAGGUGCCCAGUGUUUAUAUAGACCGGCAGUACGAGAAGCUUGUGUAUUUUGUUGAAUGUGGUACCGUGAUCAGUGAUGCUUGCUUAGAAGAAUGUGAUGACGAGUCAAAUGAAGCCAAUGGAGACUUCCCGGAGGACCCUGAGGAGCAUCCCGUGUGCCAGCGUGACCCCGAAGAACGCCUUGUUCCUGAUCUGGACUACGAUCGAGAUGGCAAGAGCAGUAAAAAUGGUGUGUGUGUCGAGGGCGACAAGGCGAGAGAGCUGGGUGUCUUUUUGUACGCAGGCACUUUAAAACACAACCACAAUUCAAAAGCUAGGUGUUCCGAAGACUGUAGCGGAGUGGUGUCACCGACCCAUCAGCUGGAAGAUUUGCCCAAAAACGAAGGGCGGGAAAACAGCUCUUGUCACGCUAGUUCAGGCACGCCGCCACCAAGGGAGAGGGAUACCAGCGACUGGCAACAGGUGUCAUCCCAACAGAAUGAGAAGAGACCUCUCCUCCCUGCUGCUAAAGACAAGAUGCAAAAGCAGCCGGCACCAAAACCCUUCGAUAUCAAGUCCUUCAAACCAAUGGGAUUUGAGUCGUCGUUUCUGAAGUUCAUUCAGGAGAGUGAGAACCGGUAUGACGAUGAUGAUGACGAGGAGGAGGAGCUUGAGGAAGAAUGGGAACCCACGGAACAAUACCAACUCGAUCGCAUGCUGGAUAAAGAGAAAGACUCCAGAAGGGAUGCCACCAUACAGGAGCGGGUCACCUAUGAAAGUGUCCCUGCAGCGACCAUGUCAAAGAAGAAUGGUGGCUCCAAAGCUCCCGGGCAGCUGAGGGGAAUUCAGCCUCUGCUGUCGACAGACUCUCCUGCUCUCCCUUCUCUGGAUCUGGAAACCUUGAGGGCCAUAUUGGACAAGGCACUAACAGACUGUGGGGAUCUGGCCUUAAAACAACUCCACUAUUUACGACCGGUUGUUGUUCUCGAAAGAUCUAAGUUUUCUACUCCCAUCAUAGACUUUUUUCCAACAAAAAAAACAGACCAACUCUGCGUGGGAAGUUCAUGAUUUUGUGUUUUAUUUAAAAAAAAAUGGGGAGGGGGAGAGUUGCCUCCACUACUGCUAAGGGGUGGGUGGGAACAGGGAAUAUCGCUAACUGGUUCAGUGCACAUGUUGUUGAGGUUAGGUUAGGUUGUUCAAUUCCACGAAUGUACGACAUCUGGCUACAGUAUUGGCUGAGUUACUAUAGCUCCCCUGUUUUAAAAAUAAGGAAAAACCCAGAUAUUUUGGUGCUAACAAACAGAAUAUUGAGGUGGGGAGCUUCCCUCUUGCAAAGUUAAAUGUGCAUGAUUGUAUAUGGAACAAGUACUUAGGGUACCAGGGUUGAUUGGGAGGGGGGUGGGAGGUGGAGCUCUUACUUGACUUGAAUGUGCACCUGAGCGUGCUUCAUGUAACAUAUUGUACACUACAGCAUCUUAUAUUUUUUGAGUUUUGAGUUUCAAUAAAAUGAAUUUUUUCACCCA